GAACGUUUAUCUUCCGGAUUUCGGCUCCGGACGUCCGCACGUGGUUGCCGGCUUUCGGGUGCUGCUGUAGACGGGGAGUCGGGACCCCCGAGCCGCGGCGGGGGCCAUGGAGGGCCCGAGCGUGGAGGAGCUGCUGGCCAAGGCCGAGCAGGAGGAGGCGGAGAAGCUGCAGCGCAUCACGGUGCACAAAGAACUGGAGCUGGAGUUCGACCUGGGCAACCUGCUGGCCUCGGACCGCAACCCCCCGACGCUGCUGCGCCAGGCCGGGCCGUCGCCCGAGGCCGAGCUGCGGGCCCUGGCGCGCGACAACACGCAGCUGCUCGUCAACCAGCUGUGGCAGCUGCCCACCGAGCGCGUGGAGGAGGCGGUGGUGGCGCGCCUGCCCGAGCCCGCCACGCGCCUGCCCCGCGAGAAGCCGCUGCCCCGGCCGCGGCCGCUCACCCGCUGGCAGCAGUUCGCGCGCCUCAAGGGCAUCCGUCCCAAGAAGAAGACCAACCUGGUGUGGGACGAGGUGAGCGGCCAGUGGCGGCGCCGCUGGGGCUACAAGCGCGCCCGGGACGACACCAAGGAGUGGCUGAUCGAGGUGCCUGGGGGCGCCGACCCCAUGGAAGACCAGUUCGCCAAGCGGAUCCAGGCCAAGAAGGAGCGCGUGGCGAAGAACGAGCUGAACCGACUGCGGAACCUGGCCCGAGCGCACAAGGUACAGAUGCCCAGCUCGGCAGGCCUGCACCCGACGGGACACCAGAGCAAGGAGGAGCUGGGCCGCGCCAUGCAAGUGGCCAAGGUCUCCACCGCUUCGGUGGGGCGUUUCCAGGAGCGGCUCCCCAAGGAGAAGGCGCCCCGCGGCACCGGCAAGAAGAGGAAAUUUCAGCCCCUCUUCGGGGACUUUGCUGCCGAGAAAAAGAACCAGCUGGAGCUGCUUCGAGUCAUGAACAGCAAGAAGCCUCAGCUGGACGUGACGAGGGCCACCAACAAGCAGAUGAGGGAGGAGGACCAGGAGGAGGCUGCCAAGAGGAGGAAAAUGGGCCCGAAGGGCAAGAGAAAGGGGGGCCGGCCAGGACCUUCGAGCAAGAGGAAGGGCGGACCGCCGGGCCAGGGAGAGAAGAGGAAAGGCGGCUUUGGGGGCAAGCAUCCCAGGUCUCCUGCUUUGGGUGGCAAGAAGAAAGGGGGGGCCGCACCAGGGUGGGAAGAGGAGGAAAUAGUCUUCUUCCCGCUGGACCUGUUCUGCAAAGCCGGGACGGUCUGUGCUGAGGGUUAAGCUGUGCUCAGUGCAGGCCGCGGCCCUCGUUGAACUUGAGAUGGCAGGGACAGGUUUGCCUCCCCUCGGGAGAGUCAGUGCGGGACUACGAAUUCAUGCCUUUCCCACAAUGGAGACACUGACUGGAAAUUAAGGACGUAUUUUGAGAAUAUGACAAUUAGAGAAAUGGUAUGGUCAGAACCAGGAGUAAGUUGACAGCUUGCUUUUUUACCUUGACUUUGGAUCAGAUUUCUGGGGUAUAGUAGAUGGGUUUCAGUAUUUUUGCAUUGUUUUGUAACAAAUCUUGUACAUUUAUCAAAGCAGGGAGAAUGGAGAAGACCAGUGUUUUACAAGUGUUGUAAAGGUUACUUAAUAAAAGUAUGCCGGUA